AUGGCGGAGUUCACACAAUACGAGCCUGGCCACGAGCCCUCAAGAUCCAUCACAGCAGAUCAAGCUCGGACCUUCUCCCUCAUCUACCUCUACCAUCUCUGUGUCGUGUAUCUGCACUCCUGUAUGGUGCCCGUACUAUCCUGUCGUCCACACACCCCCACUAUCUCACGCGCCAUGAUUCGACUUGCUGCGGAGCAGGCAUGGAAACAUUCUAUCUAUAUGGCGACCAUAGCAGAGCAGUUCAUAGCACGCAAGACGACCGUCUCGAAAUCGUGGGCUAUAGUGGGGUAUGGCGCCUAUGUGUGCGCUGCAAUCCAGCUGCGGAGAUUUCUCGCCCUUGGAGCUCUGAGUCACCAGCGUCUACAAGAAACAAAAGUACAUCUACACCUCACGGGCGAACUCAGUAAGUAUUGGAUGACGUUACGGCCACUAGUAAGUCUAAGUUCCCAACAACCUUAUCAUCUUUUGCCUCCAUGGCUCAUAAUAAAUAGCACCAAGAUAUGGAACAACAGUUCUCUCAGGCCCAAUCUCUUAUAUCGUCACGAGUCAAUGAUACUCAAGAAGUUGAUCAACAUCGUCGUGAACCCGCUCGUCUCAUAUACCAACCAGAUUCUUGUUCCCUCUCUAGGACUAUCCAGUCACAUCCGCACGUACGUCGCAAAUGAAGAUCUUCAAAGGCAGGACGAACAGCCUGAGCAGCAGAAUUUUAAUGCUCCUGUCAUUGUUACGGAGGCACGCGGCACUUCGCCAGCAUCAAACGUGCCCCAGGCGUCAGAUCACACACCCUUGUCCAGACAUUAG